GAAAAUGAAAAUGUACAGCUCAAUUUACCCUCCAUCACAACUUACUCCCCAACACACAUACACCAUUCACUUUUCCUUCUUUGUUUAUUCCCAUUUCAUUUCAUUCCCUUGGACAAAAAACUUCCUAUUCUCUCUCUCUUUCCUUUCUUUUUCUUUCCACAAAGGAAUGAAGGAAGAAAGAAAGACAGAGAAUCAGUAAAACCAACAUUCCAACUCUUCCAAUCAUUUCCUUCUCUGCUCAGUGCCCACUCAUCCCCUAUUUUACCCUUUUCCCUUCAAUCACCUUGCGUGGCUGAAAAUUUCCAAUUUUUCGCUUUCCCAGAUUGCAAUUCAGUUAAAUUAUUACGUUUUUUAGGAGCCCCGCUUCAGAAAUUGGGACAAUUUUCAUUGAUUUUUCUGCAAAGCUCGCAUUUUUUUUUCCUGGAAUAUCGUUGGUUUUGAGCAUCUGGGUAGGUGAGGGGUUGCCGGAUAAUCAUGCCGCCGGCUCAGAUGGAACCGCCAUUGCCGGAAUCCUCGUUGGUGCCAUCUUUUAGCUCCGACGCCGCUUCUCCGGGAUCGGCGCCGGAGAGUCGGCGAUUCGGGGAUCUUAGAGGUUUGCAGUGGCGUAUAAAUCUUGGGGUGUUACCUUCUUCUUCUUCUUCUUCCAUUGAUGAUCUUCGUCGUGCCACCGCUAAUUCUAGAAGGAGGUAUGCUAGUUUGAGAGGGCGCCUCCUUGUUGAUCCUCAUAUGCCAAAGGAUGGGAGUAGUUCACCCAAUCUUGUCAUGGACAACCCACUUUCACAAAAUCCAGACAGUACAUGGAGUCGCUUUUUUCGCAAUGCAGAGAUGGAGAAGAUGGUUGAUCAGGAUUUAUCACGUUUAUACCCAGAACAUGGCAACUAUUUCCAGACACCAGGAUGCCAAGGCAUAUUGAGACGAAUUUUAUUACUAUGGUGUCUCAGACACCCAGAGUGUGGUUAUAGACAAGGAAUGCAUGAAUUACUUGCUCCGGUGCUUUUUGUUCUCCAAUUUGAUGUGGGGUGUCUUUCGGAAGUUCGAAAGCUUUAUGAAGAUCACUUCACAGACAGAUUUGAUGACCUCUUUUGUCAAGAGAAUGAUCUUUCUUACAGCUUUGAUUUUAGAAAAUCUUCAGACUUGAUGGAGGAUGAAAUCAACUCCAAUGGAAAUGCAACGAAAAUCAAGAGUCUUGAUGAGCUUGAUCCUAAGAUACAGAACAUUGUAUUGCUAAGUGACGCUUAUGGGGCUGAAGGUGAACUGGGUGUGGUUUUAUCUGACAAGUUCAUUGAACAUGAUGCUUACUGUAUGUUUGAUGCUUUAAUGAAUGGGGCACGUGGUUCAAUUGCAAUGGCUGAUUUCUUCUCUUAUUCCCCUUUGCCUGGGUCCCAUACUGGCUUGCCUCCUGUAAUUGAAGCUUCUGCUGCAUUGUAUCAUUUGUUGUCUCAUGUGGAUUCAUCUUUGCAUGGCCAUCUCGUUGAUCUCGGGGUUGAACCCCAGUACUUUGCUCUCCGCUGGUUGCGAGUUUUAUUUGGACGGGAAUUUUCACUCAGCAACCUCUUGAUAAUCUGGGAUGAAAUCUUUUCAUCAGAUAAUAGUAAAUUGGAAAAACAUGCAGAGGACAAUGCAGACUCUGGUUUUAGGAUCUUCAAUUCGUCUCGCGGAGCAUUUAUCUCAGCUAUGGCUGUAGCAAUGAUGCUUCAUAUAAGAUCUUCGUUACUUGCAGCUGAAAAUCCUACAACCUGUCUCCAGAGAUUAUUAAACUUCCCUGAGAACAUUAACGUUGAAAAACUAAUAGAGAAAGCUAAAUCCUUGCUGGCUCUUGCAUUAAGUACUGAGAUUUCAUCCUCAAUGCCUUUAUUUGUCGAGUAUCAUAACCAGGGUAAAUCAGCUAUUGCAAGAUCUCGCACCCUUUCAUCUGAAUCAAUUUCACCAAAAACUCCUCUGAAUUUGGUACCUGAUAGCUACUGGGAAGAAAAGUGGAGAGUGGUCCACAAGGCUGAAGAACUCAAACAAGAUGGAGUAGAAAAACAGGUUCCUACUCGGAAGAAGGGAUGGACAGAAAAGGUAAAGUUCAGUUUGAAAAGAACGGAAUCUGACCCCUCUUCAUCAAGGAUUAAGAGUGGUAAAAAGGAAUCCAAGUCACCGGUUAGGCGAUGUUUGUUAGAAGAUCUUUCUAAGGAACUUGGCUUCGAGGAAGAUACUGAAAAACUCUCUUGUCAUGAUGAUCUGUCUGCCACAGUUGAAGAGGAGCAAGGGGAAGAUGGCUCUGAAGGCAGCAACAACUAUUCUCCUGAAGAUAGAUGUCAAAGUCAAAACACAAGUAGUGAGGAAAACUCACCUGUUAUUUCUUGCCCAGCUAGUCCUACCAAUGAGACCAUUGAUCACAAAAAUGACUCCGAGAAAAGAAGUGUUGGGUCUAAUUUAUCCCUGGAUAUAACUAAUGAAACUUCACUUAGUAGUCCCAUUGAUUCACCUCUUCCAAUCUCUGAUCAUCCUGAGAAAGGACCUCAGACACCAGGGAGAAAUAAUAUUAAUAAUUCUGCAGGGAAUUCAACCACAAAUUCUAAGGAGAGAAAAUUGAACAAAUUCCAGUGGCUAUGGAAGUUUGGGCGGAAUAAUGGCGAGUUUAUGUCAGAGAAAGGAGGUGAUGCUUAUGAGGCUGUAAAACCUGCCAACAAUUGUAGCAACCAAAGUAACACAACACCCUCUUCUACAGCCAACAAUUGUAAUAGUCAAAGUAACACAGUACCCUCUUCUACAGCCCACAAUUGUAAUAAUCAAAGUAACACAAUACCCUCUUCUACAGCCAACUGUUGUAAUAACCAAAGUAACAUAAUACCCUCUUCUACAGCCAACAAUUGUAAUAAUCAAAGAAACAUAAUACCCUCUUCUACAGCCAAUGGACAUUGUAGUUCUGUUAGUUGCAAAGGGGAAUCUACAGAUCAGACUGUGAUGGGCAGUAUGAGGAAUAUUGGGCAGUCAAUGCUUGAGCAUAUCCAGGUGAUUGAGUGUGCUUUCCAACAAGACAGGAGCCAAGAAGCAUCAUUAGAUAACAUGUCUAAAAUUGUUGUGGUUGGUAAAGCGCAGGUUAAUGCCAUGUCAGCUCUCAAGGAGCUCCGCAAAAUUAGCAAUCUUUUGUCUGAGAUGUGAGCCAAAUCUUACAUUGAUGUGUCCUGUAUAUAUUUUGUAAUUACAAUUCUUUAGUGGCAAUAAAAUGAGUUUCUUCGGCUUCACUUCCAUACCUCAUGUCAUGAAUACCAUAGUUUUGCAGAGAUGAAUGUGUAAAUACAAAUAUUCGAUUUAUCAUGAAAUAAAUUAUGAUGAUUCAUUUC